GAGCUGUCGGGAGCUGUAGUCCCGGGGUCGGUGCCGUAGGGAGCUGUCGGGAGCUGUAGUCCCGGGCUCGGUGCCGUAGGGAGCUGUCGGGAGCUGUAGUCCCGGCUCAGCCCCGCCUACAGGUCCCGGCGGGCCGAGAUGGCGGCGCGGCUGAGCGAGAACCGUCUGGUGUCGCUGCCCCUGUCGCGGAUCCGCGUCAUCAUGAAGAGCUCCCCGGAGGUGUCCAGCAUCAACCAGGACGCGCUGUUCCUCACAGCCAAAGCCACGGAGCUUUUUGUUCAGUAUUUGGCUUCAUACUCCUACAAACACGGCAGAGGGAAGGAGAAGAACGCUCUGACUUACACUGACCUGUCUCAUACAGCAGAAGAGUGUGAGACCUUUCAGUUCCUUGCAGAUAUCUUGCCAAAGAAGAUCCUAGCGAGCAAAUACCUAAAGAUGCUCGAAAAAGAGAAACGAGAUGGAGAAGUGGGGGAAGGACAUGAAGAGGAUGAGGAGGAAGAGGAGGAAGAUGAAGCUGUUGGUGACAGUGUUGGAUCUUAAGGCCAAUGGAGAAUUGCUUCAUAGUUGAUCCACUUUCUGUUGUAUAAAGGAUGUUUUUGUGACUGAGAAUCCAGAUGCUGGAUAUAUUUAUACACUGAGCCAUCUGCUUUUGCUUUAAGAAGUUUAGAAAUUGAACUUUAUACUUUUUGAAGAAUGGGAUUCUACCCUCAGAAACACGGCGGGGUAGGAGGACACAGUGUAAAUCUGACAGCAGAGCUUGCUCAGAUGAUUUAAAAUUACUUUUCAGACAAUCAGUACCCAAAUUUAAAAUUUCUUACAGGCAGCUUUCAGUCCAAAAGCUCCAAAAGUGGACCAAGUCCAUUAAAUAAGUCUUUAAAAACAGCUACUUCUGUGAUGUAGCCUAGACACCAUGUGGGCACCAAAACAGGGUUGAGGAGAUCCAUUACAAGGGCUAAUGAGGUUCUGCAGUUGUGGUGGUAAAAGUAAAUGUCUUAGAAAAUGAUGUAAAUAUGUACUUCUGGGACCUUUUUCUCUAAUGAACUCUAUUUCUGCAGUUUCUCCUUCCAAAAUGCACAUUGAAGUCUUACUAGACGUGAAUUCCUGAGAGUAAGCAACUCCUUUGCCAUUGGAGUGACAGAGCUGGAUUUUUCACUUGGUUUUAGUUUGUUGUUUUGUGGUUUAUUUUGUUUUGGUUUUGUUUGGGUUUUUUUACAAUAGAAAUGGCAACCGCCCUGUAUGGAACUUUACGUGCAACUUUCUAAAAUAAAUGUUUUGUAUGAAAACUGA